AUGCCACUCGAUUUGAUAAGGACCAAAGUGAAUAUCGUGAUUGAUAACUCAGGAAAGCCACUGACACGGACUGGCUUUGGAGCUUCUAGAAAUGGAGUAAUCAUGGCUUUUUUUUUCUCUUCUUUUUUGAGUGAAGGUUUGGCAGUGAUAUAUUUAUCUGUAGAGGCUGAGGAUAUGGAUACAAAUGCAUGUAAUUUUGAUAACUUGCCACCUCGAAAGCGGCUUCUGGCUGGAUUCAAGAGACAGAAUUCAGAUCUCACUUCCCCUUCCUUGUCAAAAUCCGAUAUCCCUCUCAAAAACCCGUUUAUGGCCCAAUUUACUGAUCCAAACCUCUCGAUUGAAGAGAUUGUCGAGGCCUCGAGAAUUGCUGCUAUAGAGGCCGCAAAAGUUGCCGAGGCUGCCAAAGCUAAAGCGGAGGAGAAGGCUGCGAAAGCAGCCAAGGCAUUUGCCGCAGCUAAGAGUGCCUUAGACCUUGUGGCCACUCUUUCUGAUGAGGCAGCCGAAAAGGAAUCAUGUUUGAGAAAGAACAAGAUGAAGAAGCAUGUGAGUGUCGAAGAAUUGUACAGUGAGAAGAACAAAGGCACUAUUAGCUGUGGUACGGAUGAAGAAUUGGCUCGCAACUUGCACAGGUCCAUUAAUAGUUCCCCCAGAAUUUCGAAGAAUUCUGAUGUCAAGAUUCACAAGCAUAAGAAGUUGAAAUCGAAAGGCUCGAAUUUUUCCGGGAGCAAGAGUAAUGGUUUAUUAGGAAAUUUAGAGAGUGAAGGUCCAUCGAAGGAGAUAGAUAAGGUUAUGGUAGAUUUGAACAUGUCAAAGCCUGAUAAAAGUGAUCAACUAAAGGUGGAUAGUAUUGAUGGUCUCGGUAGAAAGAGGGGAAAGAUUAAGCAGAAAAAAUUGCCCUUGAGCAUUUGUAGUUUCAUGGAUCAAAUUGCCCCAGAAGAGGAACUGAAUAAUAAUAAUGGGACAUUGUUUUCUUCAAAUAGUAAUAUAACACCUGUUGAGAAGGCAUCCUUGUGGAAAUGUCAAUCUGUGAAAGCGCCAGCUUGCCUUAAACAAAAUAAAGUUAUGCGGUCGUAAAAUGUUUGAUAGGUUUGUUGUCUGAAUAACCGAAGGCCAUCGUGGGAAAGAGUCUGGCCAAGGGUAUUUCUUUGUUGUGGAUUUUUGUAUUCACAAGAACACGAGGCUGUAUCUUUUUCUCUCUCUCUCUCUCUCUUU